UAUCAUUCCAGGGGCCCAAGAAGCAAACACACACACGCAAAAAAAGCCUGAAGUCUCCCCGCUGCAGGCUGUCACGUGACAGCAACAAGUCCGUCUGUUUCCAAAUACGAGCUGAAAGAAAACACGUCACGCGCGUCGUGAGAAGGGAUCACGCCUUGAGAUGCGGUUGACAGGAGGUCGAUACUCUUUAAGCUCCUUAUGGCGCUAAUGAAAGUGGCCGCAUAUUGUCCGGCGGACAGAUGGUUCCUGUCCUGAUUAAGUUUGAGUUAGUUCUUUCCCCGGGGGGGGGGGGCUGGCAGGCUUCGCACGUUGUUGUGUUCGCGUUGUGUGUUCACGGAUCAACACAUCGCAUCCCGCACGGACGGUUAAAGCGUCUCCAAGCGGAGGAACUGAGGUGCGGAGGCGCACGUUUUUCACGCAGAGGACUUGUUGCCUCAUUCUGUGCGUUAUUUCGCCGCAGGCUCCCCGCUCUUACUUUGGAUUGCAGCAGAAGACUGUGGAAACUGGAGGAUCAUAUCUACUGCAAAACUUGUGCAUCUUUGCUGAAAGGAAUCAAUAUACAUAUAUAGAUACACAUAGUAGCUUAUGCACGAUGCUGAUCCAGAAACUGAUUUCUGCAACGGCUCAUCAUGCAUUUCAAUAAUAAUUCGAGCACAGCACGUGAACCUGUUGGUCUGAGCAGGCGAGAUGAAGCUGCACAUGUCGGCUGGACCAUUACACUGGGGCCUCCUGCUUCUUUGUAUAGUAGGCUGGUGCAGCCAACUCGUGUCCACUGGCAACCAAAGCUCCAGAGGACAGACGGGGUCGUCGCAGGAGAGGACGGGGACCUGUGAAGUGGUUGCUGCUCAUCGUUGCUGCAAUAAGAACAAGAUUGAGGAACGCUCUCAAACCGUCAAGUGCUCCUGCUUCCCAGGACAGGUGGCGGGGACGACGAGGGCUUUGCCCUCUUGUGUUGAAGCCUCCAUUGUGCGUCAGAAGUGGUGGUGCAAAAUGGCGCCGUGUCUGAAGGGGGAAGAGUGCCGAGUUCUCCCUGACCUCACUGGUUGGUCAUGCAUCUCUGGGAACAAAGUGAAGACCACAAAGGUGGCGCGGUAGCACGACAGAAGUCCCAUGCAAUCAGCGCGAGCUCGUCGCGGUCCGCUGCAGUCACCUCAACUAACUCUGGACUCCGAGGACAGCGAGAGCCCAUCAGAUAGAGCAAAGAACAAUAUGGAUUUAAUCAGAUAUCUCCUUGCUGCGAUCGAAACAGCAAGAACCCAUCAUUUUAAUUUCCAUUUUGCUCGAACACAAUUGUAGCUGGGGUCAAUCCCGCGGAGUGGACAAUCUAUUAGCAGCUGAUUUAAGAUAAAGUGACGCAUCCCCCCCCCGACCCCUCUUUCCUUCCCCCGUCCAAACAGGCAGCUACUGCAUGCAAAGUCUGUAUCAUUGUUUCAGCGCUUGAUAUGCUGCUCACAUUGCGAUGCACUCAAUCAAAGCCUGGAUGGGACUGCUGGCAGACAUUUAAAAAGAGAUUUUGUGGAUUUUCACGAGGCGGAAUGUGGAUCCAGAACAGUUCACCACUGCCUCCCCCCCCUUCCCUCCCCCCCUCCCCGC